CAUACGGAAGCCUCUAAAGUCUCUGUUACAGAGUGAAGUUUGACUUAUAUUUUUCAAACAUUGUUCCAGGGUGAAUCUUCAGGGAUAAAAGGCAUUAAGAUGAGCCCAAGCACAUUCACCAACCUCCUAAUUAUCUUCGGCAUCCUGGCUAUGCUGAUGAUGACUGCCACCGCAGCACCUGUGGAGCAGGAUGACGAACAGUCUGAGAACACUUUGGUGGGCAGACCUGGCGAAGUUGCAGAUCUGUCGGUGCCGUGGGAGGCCCUCAACACCGCUGCACUCCGCAAGUUAUUGCUGCAACUUGAUUCUGAUGACAGAUUCAACAUGAACCCCCGUGUAUCUCGCUCAUGGCCCCAAACGGAGCCACGUGGCUGGGGGCUACGCACCAUGGACGGAAGGAUCGCUCGGCAGUGGCGCGCGGACAAGAGACAAGUUCGCUUCCGGCAGUGCUAUUUCAACCCUAUCUCUUGCUUCCGCAAGUGAAUCACUGACACGGCGCAUACCUCCCAUUAACUGUUACAAAUCCUGUUCACUACAAGAAACUGCUGCACUUUGACGUCUAUACAUACGUUUUGAACGUAUAUACCUUAAUAAUGUUAAAUUUAAAGACUGGCGCAUAUCUAUGUGGCUCGCAUUCAUUAGCCUCAACCUGUUACCUUUUCAGUAACUGUCCCAACCAGGUGCCAACCACUCAUCAUAAUACAAAACACACCAGCUUGUAAUUUUGUAUCAAGAUGUCAGUUCGGCACCCGUUAAUUAAUGUUAAAAAGAGUAGUGCUCUUUAGAAUGUAAAUAUGAUAUUUAAGUCACUGGACUCAGAUAAAAUAUACAAUCUAAUGUUUUCCGGAAUAAUAUGGAUGUUUACCAUGAUAACUGUUAUAUUCAUGGGAAUUUUUGACUUGACGUGUCAUAUGUGCAUAAAAUGUUUUUUUUUAAUAACUUAUUUUGGGGAAGAUUAUUUCUAUUUUAUAAAAUCUGCCUACUUUUGUGUAUCGUGGUCUUACACUCUAUGGAUACCUCUAUACGCAAUUAAACACAAUAUUUUAUAUUUCUUAAAAUUCUGAUUAAUAUUCAUUAGCUGUUAUGCCCUUAUUCUCUGUGGCACUCAAGUUUAAAGGACACCAAGGACUUCCCUAAGCUUUGAACUUCUUUGGAAGAUCUUCAUAAAAUAAAUGUCACAAACUGUCGUUAAGGAUGUAAUAGAUAAUCUAUACUUAAUUAAAAGAAAAAUAUUUAUGGUUAAGAAGGAUAAGGUUAAUAAGAAGGAUAUUCACUGUGCCAAAUGAAGCGGGACACCUAAAUUGUCGUGAGUCUUUAAGUUCUCUUUUUGAAUUAAGAGUAGGAAGAGAUUAUUGUCGUUAAUUAAACAUGUCAAAUCUUUUACAGUUACCGACUAUAGGUACCUUUAAUUUAUGUAUAAAUAUUUUGGACCUAGUGAAGCCGUCUAUUUUAUAGUUUCUUCUAUUUCAAUUUGUUUCUUUAUUCAAAUAUAUUCGUUUGAAAUAACGGAUAUGAUUAUUUAUUUCAGUGAUGUAGGUACUUAACCUUACAAUUAGCAAAUAUCGAGUCCUUUUC